GAAAAUGAACGUAUUUUGAAAGUCCAACCCGGAAGCCGUGUGUGGCUGUGUGGAGGCUGACCCGUCACAGUGUGUCUGGUCCAGCUUGUCAACAACACUGCAACCUGAGACGAGGGCAGCAGCUCAGUAAACCAGCUAAGUUAGCCGCACUGCUAGCCUUCCAUAUUAACCAACUAUCCAGCGAGUCGCCGUCCCUCUGCUCACUUCAGAAACACGCGAAGUUGCCUCGACGCCGGAAGAAGAUGAAGUGACUUUCCUGUUCGGUGCUGUUGAAGACGAUGGCUGCUCAGGUAGAGGUUCAGCCCAGCGAGGUGGGGAGGACAGUGGCAGGAGGACGACUUCAUCUGAAUCCUCUGACUGACUCCAGUAAUAAGAGCCUCAUCGAGAUCCCCUCCAUCAACCAGUCCCACAUCAUCACCGCAGAACCAAACAAACCUGUCCCAGGACCCAAGCCACGACUCUCUCCUAAGCCUUUUACAAUGGAUAGCAACCCCAGCAUUAAGCCCAUACUUGCCCCAAAGCCUCAAACCAGGCCCCGACCAGAGUCCACUCGUCUUCCUGGAUACAAACCAGAGCCUCCAUGCAACCCAAAACCACAGCAACCAGCUGCCCCAGUUAAACUCAGGACAGUGUCAACUAAUCCCAACCGUCCUGCCUCUACCUCCUUUAAAACGACUAAUAAGGUGAACACUGGACAAACGACCAAGCCAGUAGUCCAGCCAUUUAAACCAGCACCACCUUUUGACCCUGGAGACCCUACUAAACCUACUCUUCCUGUGCCAGCAGAGAGGGGGAAGCCUGUUGCAUCAAGCUUAGGGUAUUCCAAGAGCCUUAAACAACACCCAGCUGCAGAGUGGUCUGGAACCACUAAUACAGAAUAUGAGAAGGACAAGACAACAUCCAGCAAAGGUGGGGCCUCCAUUACUAGAGCUAAGUCCAUGGGUUUCCUUGCUCAGGUAGGGCAGGAGCAAGAAGAAAAGGACAAAGAUAAACCUGAGAUAGCUGUAACACUGAGACCCCAUCCCAGAGGCUCCAGGCCAAGACCUGUGUCAGCAAUUUUCCUUGAUAGUCCAACCAAGACAGAGGCCCCAGAUCCGGUCCCUCGCUGGGUUGGGAGACGGCCGCUUUCAGCUGAUCUCACAUCCAAGUUUGAAUCCAUCGGUCUUUCUCUUCACCGUAAAGGUCCUAAAGCAAACACUAAGGAGAACACUCCAGAGGAGACGGCACUGCCACUGAAGAGGCAGCAAGAGAAAACCCCAAAGAGUAACACACCACAAAGUACUGAUGACGUAGCCAAGCCUGUCAUCUCAGACCAAAGCAACAAAAGGGCAGAAGAAAUGUCUGUCAAAGAGACUGAUGAGACUAAGCGUAGGGUUAGCAUCAAGUCACGAAUCAGUCUCCUCUUAGACUCAUCCUCCACUCCGGGAACUGGAGCCACUGGACAAGGCUCAGAUCUUCACUCUCCAGUGCAGCAAGUCCCUGAAAAUGAACCGCCAGUAGGCGUUAAAAAGCUCAUCAAGCAGCUGACAGAGGAUACGCCACCAACUCAGAGUCCUGUUCCCAAACCAGCGCUGAAGCCCCGCCCCUUGCCCCUCGACCUGACUAAAAGGUUUUCAUCCGAGAGGUCACCCGACCUUGGCAGUGUUCCCCUCAGUGAGGCAACAGACCACCAUGAGAUCAUCAGAGAUCCUCAGAGGAGGAAUGAAGAGUUCACUCCAGAGCCCAGCGACCACAUGACUUUUGUAGAUUUUAAAGAUUCUCAAGAGCAACUCACAAAAGUCUUCAUGCAUGAAUGGCCUGAGGCAGGACAGAUGCUUGAUGCUUCUUCCAAGGACAGUGGUCCCAGCAGUGAAGUGCAGACAGUGCGGGCAUCCUUGUUUGAAAAUGUUGUGGAGAGGCACAGUGUGCUGAUGGUGGAUGAGAGCGAGCCUGCACACAAGCCCAAAGAUUCACUCAGCAGCUUGUCAUUAAAGAGAGGAAAUGGUGAGGAAGAGGGAACUCUGGUCACUGCCACCUAUAAAGAACCUGUGUCUCCAUCGAGUCCUCUGCAGGUGCUACAUGCCUUUGACACGGUGCAGGCUAUUGAAGAGAACAGGGCAGUGAGUGAGUUUGUCCCGUCAGCUCAGUGGGAAGAUAAGGCCAUGACGCUACGCUCCAGGCGCUCUGAAGGAAGCCAUCCGGCAGCAGAGAGAACUGGCACAGCACAAGCAGAACCAACUUUGUCAGUGACACCAGAUCAGCAGCCACGAUUUCUGAGAGUAGGAGCUUUGCCAAAGUGGACUUCUACGGGCCACGAGCAAGACGCAGGCAUGGAGAGAGAGAUGCUAAAGGAAUCACAAAGGGAAGGAGAGAUGGCUGUGGAUAAAGAGAGGCGCAGAGAUGCCGAGCAGGAGGAAGUGGCUGCAGCACCUAAACGUUUGAAAACCCUGCAGGCAGAAGAACAGCAGAAACCCAGGGUGACCUACUUUGCUUUGACUGGACAAAUGCAGGAGCCAGUUUCUCCUGUAGAUCCAGGAGCAAAUAUGGGGGACAUGGCUAUGCCAUUUGAUGAUUUCUCUGUGAGGUCUGCAUUUGGCGGCUCUCAAGGGAAGAUUCUUCCCGUUAGGAGGAAUCCAUCAUUAGAGGAAGCUUUUGGAAAAACCUCUCAAGAUCAAGUUGAGGAGCUGAUGAGGAGCCACAUGCCACACAGGGAGAUUAGACCAGCACUGGACGGACAGGACACAGAGGAAAUGAUGGUUGGAAAGAAAAAGGGUACAGAAAAAAACAAAGGUAAAAUUAAAGAACUUGAAAGGGAAACACAGAGACAGCUUGAACUAGAAAAUCAAGCACAUUUAGAAUUUGCACGAAUGAAGGAGAGAGAGCUGCAAAGAGAAUUUGAAAGGCAAAGACAGAAAGCCUUCGAGAAGGAGAAACAAGAGUUUGAAAAGAAGCAACGAGCACUGGAAAGGGAGAAGCAGAUAGAACUCGAAAAACAGCAACUGCAAGAAUUGGAAAGAGAGAGACAAAGAGAACUGGAAAGAGAGAGGCAACGGCAACUUGAGAAAGAAAAACGUCGAGAAUUGGAAAUGGAGCGGGAGAUUGAAAGAGAGAAACAGCGAGAACAGGAAAAGGAGAGACAGCGUGAGCAGGAGAGGCAAAGACAAAGGGAGGAAGAGAGGCAGAGAGAGCUGGACAAGGAGAGACAGCUGCUGGAAAUCCAAAAGGAGAAACAGAAAAUGGAGGAGCUGGCGAGACAGCAGCUCUUAGAGUUUCAAAAACAGAAGCAGAAAGAAAAGGAGAGGCAGCAGCUUAUAGAACUCGAGAAGCAGAGACUCCGAGAGAAGAGGGAGAGAGAAGAGGCAGAGAAAAUAAAGCAGAUGGCACUUGAGCAGGAAAUGUUGAGACUGAGAGAGCUUGAUAAAGAAAGGGAAAGACAAAGAGAGCUUGAGAAGGAGCGUCAGAGAGAGAUGGAUAGGCAGAGGGAAAAGCAGAGAGAGCUGGAGAGACAGAGACAACUAGACAUUGAGAGGCAGGAAUUAGAAAACCAGAGGUCCAGACAACGAGAGCUGGAGAGGGAAAGGCAGAGGAAGGAGGAGUUGGAGAGACUUAUGGAGAUGGAGAGAAGAAGACUCUUGGAGUUUGAAAAGCAAAAACAGGUAGAGCGGGACAGACAACAGAUUUUGGAGUUGGAAAAAUGCAGACUGAGGGAGAAGAUGGAGAGAGAGGAGGCAGAUAAAAUGAGACAGAUAGCCAAACAGCAAGAAGCAGAGAGGCAGCGACUAAAAGAGAAGCAGAAGAAAGAGGAGCAGGAGCGUGUGAGGUUGUCACCCCUCAGACCCAAAGUGUUGGAUCUGGACUCCGUGCAACGAAAUGAACAGUUUCCCAAACCUGCUUCUCAGCGCAGUGACCCUGCAACACGGUGGAAAGAGCCGUCUCCAAGAGUUGAAGAGUCUUACAAACCUGCCAUCCUCGAUAUCGACACUUUCACAUCCCAAACCCAGCCCUCCCCCAGUAAAGACCUGUUUCCUGUACCUGCUCCUCAGGGAGUGGACACUGGCUUUGGCUGGAGGUUACAGCCCACACCUGAGAGAGAUGUUAGCUGGAAAGUGCCACAUCAGGCUUCAGUAGGUUUCUCCAGCCCAGUAUGGACAGCGUCUCCUCAGGAUCCAUGGGAGCUGCGGCCCGUCGAGAUGUCUGUGGACAAGCCUGUGGCCGAACCCAAAAAACAUUCCAACAUACUCAGCCCAGAGAAACUCCUCCUCAGGCAGGAGGAACGGCUCCUGGCUCCUCAGAGGCACUGGUCUGCCCUGGUGGACAAGCCACAGUACUUGAGCCCUGUUCCUGGGACAGACGCCAAAAUUGGAAGCUCUGUUGAUGGAGUCAAUGACAGCAGCGCCCCCCCAAGUCAGAUAUGGUUCCUCAGUGAGCCACAGACUCAAGAUAGCAAGGGGGAAAUGUGGAGCCAGAGGAGGUCACAGGGAUCCCAGCAGUUGAGCAGGAUGCGGUCUCGCAGUGUGUCACGGCGAUCUGCUCCUUCAAGCAGCACUGUAGAGGGAAGCCUUUCCAGGAUGAGGAGCCGCAGCGCACACAGAGAGCGGGACCGCCACAGCUGGGUGCAGCAGAAGCAAAGUGUCAGCGGCGAAGAGGAGGGGAACGACCAGGAAACUCCGGUGCAUGAGACUGACAGUCAGUAUGGGACCUGGGACACAGGACUUCGCACUGAUGACAGCCUCACUCCUGCCACUCCCAGCUCAGAGAGCAACCUCAGCCCAUCACCGAGGAAGCCCACUCCCCCACACAUGCUGGGUGAUUCUGCCUCACCGUUUGAAAUUGAUACUCUGGACGGCUUCCUUGCCCAAUCGUCAUCUGACAACCAGCCACUCUCUUUCCCUGAUGCUCCAACCACUCUGUUAGACACCAGCGUCCUCCGCUCCAGAGCCCAGCUGGGGAAGAAACGAGCACCACGGACACGGCCCAGCAGGGCCGCCCGUCAGACUCCUGCACAGGCAGAGAGAGAAACCGCAGAGGACUGGCUUUACAGAGACUCCACAGAGGCAAGAGUUCAGAGUAAGGAGGAUGACUCAAACUCUGAGGAGCAGACCAGAGGAGUUGACCUCCACCCUGCUGCAGCCUCUCAGCCACAAAGGGUCGCCCUGUUCCCUGGGAUGGACCCCUCAGCUUUAAAGGCCCAGCUGAAGAAGAGGAGUGAGUCUGACAUUCAAACUGAAGCACCUGCUCCCUCUCCCUCCCAGCUGUCUCGCUCCCCUAAGUCUCCCUUCCUUCCACGGGCAGCGCGUCUACUGCCCCCACCUGGUGGGAAAGAAAAUGGUGAGGACUCCCCCCAGUGGUUGAAAGAGCUGAAGUCCAAGAAGCGCUUGAGUCAAUAUGAAAAUGAGAGCUAAGUAAAUAAUGAGGUUGCCUUAACAGAUGAGUCUGUAUGAAACAGAAGCCUUAACGUUUGACCCAGAGAGCAGGAGAGAUGGGAAUCUACAGCUGCUGAUGUGUUUUUUUUUUCCUUUGUUUUUUUCGGGGGUUCUCUCCCCGUCUGGGUCGAUAAUUGUGCAUGGUGCCUUUUUUAUAGAGUCUCUGACUUAUUGAAAAAGAAAAGAACGAGCAAGGAGGAAAAAGAACAUCAGGCUGCUCUGCUUUAUCCAUUUCAUGCUUGAACCUUGUGGAGCUCUCCUGCACCAGGGGGGACUUCACAUGAACACUUUAAAUAGGGACCAGGAGCAGCAAUGAUGAGGAGCAUGAGGAGAUAGAAAAAGCAAAUUAUUUUGGGACCAUGUCGCCUCUUAUGCUGGAUGUGCUUCAUCACAUGCUGGAGGACAAUCCAGCCUAUCCUCUGCGAGAUGUUUGUAUUUAGUUUCACCGAUAUGUAUGAGCCGACUACGUCUGCCGCGUCAUUUUGUGAUGGUGGGAGUCGUACAAGCGUUGCCAUAUGAUUACAUUUCAGACGCAGAUGAUGUUUUUGAACAUAGAGAACAAAUCACCUCUGACUUGAUUGUUUUCGGGAUUGUAUAUAAUGGUAGCGUAAGUGUAAUCAGGAGAUGUUAUAUUUGUAUUAUCGUUGAUUUAACAAAAAGACAGAGAGUUAGUUUUGAAAACAUUAAGAUGCAUCACUACAGCAGAGGCUCUACCUUGAUGAAC